UCAUCUUCUACUCUCUCUCUUAUCUCUCUCUUCAUAUCUAUAUAUAGUGUCCAAGCUAGACCCAAAGAUUAUUGUCUAGCCAUUUUUCUCUUAAGUUGAAUCAUAGGAAACUAGUGUACAAGCUAUACCAAAGAUUACUGGCUUGCCAUUUUUCUCUAAGGUUGAAUUAUAAGAAACUAAAACACACACUAACACAGUGAGUGUGAAAAUUGGAAAACAAGAUUGAUCUUUGAACCAACUAUUACAAUGGGAAGACCACCUUGCUGUGAUAAGAUAGGUGUGAAGAAAGGGCCAUGGACACCAGAAGAAGACAUAAUCUUAGUCUCUUAUAUCCAAAAAAAUGGUCCUGGCAAUUGGAGAUCUGCUCCUACUAAUACUGGUUUGCUAAGAUGCAGCAAGAGUUGCAGACUGCGUUGGACUAAUUAUCUUCGGCCCGGUAUAAAACGCGGUAACUUCACUGAGCAAGAAGAAAAAAUGAUCAUCCAUCUUCAAGCCCUUCUUGGCAACAGAUGGGCAGCAAUAGCUUCGUAUCUUCCACAAAGAACAGAUAACGAUAUCAAGAAUUACUGGAACACCCAUCUCAAGAAAAAGCUGGACAAGCUCCAAGGCAAUUCAGAUGAAGAAAACCAUCAUCAUCGACGACAUAGCGAUUCAAAAGGGCGUCACUCAUCGCCAUCAUCUGAAACCACCAUGACUAAAGGUCAAUGGGAAAGAAGGCUCCAAACCGAUAUCCAUAUGGCCAAACAAGCCCUUUGUGAAGCCUUAUCUAUUGACAACAAAUCUAUCAAUCUUCCUGAUUUACCCACAUCUCCAAGUACCGCUACUUACGCUUCUAGCGCUGAUAACAUUGCGCGGUUGCUCCCAAACUGGAUGAGUAGUUCCAAGAAAUGUUCACAAAUGAGCUCAGAAAGUUUUGAAACAUGUCAAACAACUCAGACUCAGAGUUCAUUGAUCAACCAGCAAUUUCAAAGUCCUCUAAGUGAAGGUUACACCCUUCAAUUUGGAUCCAAUAAUAAUCUAAAUCACAACAAUCAGCAGAAAAACUAUUGCUCCAAUUACAGCCAUUCGGAUGCUUCGCAGUCCUUUUCAGCUGAAACAAGUGUGUUCCAAGAUGAAAGUAAACCAAACAUGACAGAUCAAAUGCCACCUCUUAGUUUUCUUGAAAAAUGGCUUUUGGAUGAUGCUGCUACUCAAGCAGACCUUAUGAAUUUGUCUUUAGAAGAAAGUAACUUCUUUUAACUUCUUUGUUUAUUUUUCAAAGCUCUCUCACUUGGUUUUUUUUGAGGGGUUUACUCCAUGUUUUGGGGUUGAGUUUUAUUUUUCUAGUAUUAGGUGAAAGGAAAUGUAAAUUAAUAUAUACCCAGUAGUAUAUAGCAUAGUAAUUAAAUGUGACUAUAUAUUAUGUAGCAUUAAGAGUAAUAAUGCUACUUUCAAUCGCCUUUUUAUGGAGUGAACAAUGUAUAGCUCUUGUAAAAAGGGGGAAAAGAAUGAGAAUUGGAGUUUCCUUUGAA